AUGGUACAGCGCCGCCAGUUCUGCCCCCUCCCAUCCACCUACGCCGCCAUGCGUAUUGAUCCGGUAGCCAUGGUCCAGCGCCUCAGAGAUCCGUAUGCCCUUGCCGCUGCGGAGAAGAUGCAGCCGCAAACAUACCUUGUCUUCAUCAGCGAGGCAUCGGGACUUCCUGGACUUUAUGGCACCGCCUACUUCUACUACACCGUCGACAUCCUCGGCACUGUCCCACCUCCCCGGGAAGAGGUCGAGUGCUUCGAGCCUGACAUGUGUAUUCCCAUCUUCCCCAAUGACACUCACCCCACUGGCCGCAAACCCAUCCACACGCGGCCGAGUCCGUUCGCCUUCCGGGACUGCUUCCACUGGCCGUCGACAAAGAUGAUGAUUCGGGUGCGUCCGCGAGAGGGAGGCUGGAAUGUCGAUGAUGGGUACGUUCUCCCUGGUGCUUCUUUGAUGCGGAUGGGCGCAUAUUGGGAAGAAGACGCGGCCCGGGCAAAGGCGGGUCGUCAGGCUCGGAGUGGUGGAGAGGCUGUCCUUGAGGUGGAGGACGCGUUUGAGACAGAGAGUUCAGCGAUGAACCAUGGUGUAGAAGAGGGCUCCGAUUCGAGCUCCUCUAUGGCCGAUCUGCCUUCAUCAUCACACGAGCCGACCCAGUCCGCCUCCCAAAAAUCGUUACCCCUUAACGACCCACUAGGCGACAUGUUUUCGCCACAGCUCGCCGACGAUCCGGAACUGUUACCAAUAGUAGACCUGUGGUACGAUCUCGAAAAUCAUCUGAAGCAGGAAGAUAUACCAUAUCCGAACGACAUCUUCAAGGAACGUGACGAGAUCAUCAAGUAA